CAAAAAUAUUUAGAUUACAUUCAAUUUUUGUUAAUCCAUCCGCAACUCCAUUAGCUUCUCUGAAAUGUGCUUGACUGAUGCCCUUCCUACUUCAUGCAAUAGAUACCUGCAAUAAUCCAAUAAAUUUUGGUAAGAGCAAGAUUUGUAAUUAGUAAGCAUAUUGAUCAAUCCCUUGCAAUCAGUUUCAAUUAGCACCCCUAAGUAAUCGUAUCAGUACUCCAUCCAUUGCUUGUAAAAUUAUUUUUGGAACACCAACUAACAAAAACCGUUGAACCAUAGACUCCCCGACCCCACCCUCUCCGUGGCUGUCCCGACAAGACAGCCUCUAUAACUCUCCCUUGCUCUCUCUUCUUCCUAUAAAAUUCCACUACAUAUUCCUCUUUCUUUCUUUUUUUCUGUUUAAAUUCCCUCCAUAGAGCUUUUAACAACACCAAUAUUCCAAACAAGGCGCCUAUUAUAUUUUCCCAAUAAUUCACUCUUUACACAUUUCUGAUGGACCUUGUAGCCGGUAAGAGCUACACCAUGAGCACUAUUGGCGUCAAUGAUAUUCACCAAACGGCGUCAGCAUCUAGUGUUUAUCAAACACUUAUUCUGAUUCAAUCAGAUGAUCCCACUUUGAAAGUUGAGGCUGCUAAGGAAAUAAGACGACUCACUAAGACUUCAAAACGUUACCGGCGUUAUUUCUCUAACGCCGUGAAACCCCUAGUUGAUAUGCUCAGUUCUAACUCCUUUGAGUAUGAGGAAGCUGCUCUCCUUGCCCUCCUCAAUCUCUCUGUUAAAGAUGAAAGAAACAAGAUAAGUAUCAUCAAUGCUGGUGCUUUGGAACCAAUCAUAUGCUUUCUUCAAUCAGAGAAUUCAACUUUACAAGAUCAUGCAACGGCCUCUUUGCUCACAUUAUCUGCUUCUUCUGUGACAAAGCCCAUAAUUAGUGCUUCUGGUGUCAUUCCUCGACUUGUGAAAGUCCUAAGACAAGGAAGCUCACAAGCCAAGGUAGAUGCAGUAAUGACUCUUUAUAAUCUGUCAACUUAUGAAGAUAACCUAAACUACAUUCUUCAAACAGAGCCCAUAUGUUUCAUUAUUGAUUUGCUUAAAUCCUGUAAAAAGUCUUCAAAAAGUGCCGAGAAAUGUGCUGCUCUCAUAGAAUCUUUAGUGGGUUACGAGGAUGGUAGGACUGCAUUGACAUCUGAAGAAGGAGGAAUACUUGCAGUAGUCGAAGUGCUUGAAAGUGGAUCUCUUCAAAGCCGAGAACAUGCUGUAGGAGCUUUACUAACAAUGUGUCAGAGUGACCGAGGUAAAUACCGGGAACCAAUUCUAAAAGAAGGCGUAAUUCCUGGACUUCUUGAGCUGACUGUUCAAGGAACACCUAUGUCUCAAACAAAAGCGCAAACACUUUUGAGGUUGCUCAGAGACACUCCUUAUCCUAAUUCUGAACUUGAACCUGACACAUUGGAGAACAUCGUUUCCAAUAUUAUAUCUCAGAUAGAUGGAGAGGAACAAUUAGGAAAAACAAAGGAGAUGCUUGCUGAAAUGGUACAAGUUAGUAUGGAGCAAAGUUUGAGACAUUUACAGCAAAGGGCACUUAUAUGCACUCCAGCUGAUUUGUCUAUUUCAGGUUUCAAAGAGAGUUAGAAAAGCCAAUCCAGUUGUUUCCUUGCAGCCAGUGGGAUUCCCUCACAGGAUCCAUACUGUUGCAAAAUGACUAGAAUUUGUUUUUCAAUUAACCAUGGUGCAUGUUGUGCUUGUUUCUGUAUUUUUAUCUGCCUUGCACCUAUAUUGUGUAAUGCUUGAGUCUCAUGACUUGAUUCCUUUUCUUCCACCGACUGCUCGGGAUAGAAAGUGGGUUGUUGGCAAACGUGAAGAAAGGGUGAGGCUCAAAGGAAGAAAGACUUAGGGUGGACACCUAGUCACUCAGAGUGGAGGAAGGGCAUAAUAAACUACGAACUGCUUUGGGGAGUUGAAAAGCAGCCUCUCCAAAAUCUCUUCGUGAUACAACUUGAUCUCAGCUGGAUCUUUUUGUUUCUCUAUUCCGAUAUCAUACUUUCAUCCUUCCCCAGCAGCUAUGAGCUGGUUUGUUAUUGAUUUUCUGUACUUGGAAAAAUCAGAUGAUACUAAAGAAUGCUAGUCCGGGGCCUUCUGAAUAGGCGCCAGGUGACUGGUUACUCUUCAAUAAUUUUGGAAACAGAUAAGGUCUUAUAAAUAUCGUUUUUCAGCUUGAUCUUUGUAACAUAGAUUUUGUUGAAGGUUAUACUGAUACAACUGUUAAAGUUUCAUUUCUCCACUCUCAUGGUUUGUUUUAUGAUAUACGGAGAAUGUUUAAAAGGAAUCGAUGGAGUUUUUAUUCUCAGAACUUUUCACUUUUCUGCUGGAGGCGGAGUCUAUAUAUUGUAAUUGUUACU